CGAUUACCGUGAAGUUAUUGUAAUAAUUUGAAUAUUUUAUAAAUAAACUUAAGUAAUGUUUCUAAACUUUACGGAAACAUAACUUAAAAACAGGGAUCUAUUAAAAUGUAUGAAAGCUAUAUGGACAGGUUUUUUCUGGUGAUAAAGACAUUUGUCUUUGCGUAUGCCUGUGCCCGACAGCCUGUUGACAGUUGACCGACAGUCAUUUGUUUUUGAAUGUGACAGUUUAUCAAGUCGGCCAGCCGGCGGCCAGUGUAGCCUAGUCACGCAACGAUUUGCGGUUCGCAACGGCUAUUAUCUAUGUAGAACAUUACAAUUAGUGCAUAUCUAUUAGAAACAGCUAACCGAUAGAUAACGUUACCGUAUAGAUAGCGAUCUUUAGGCGAUCAAUUAAGCUUUGUAGCUGUUUGGCGGCUCACCACAACACAGUUUCGGAAAUGCCCCUGCGGUUGUCCAUUGGGCGCGAUCAUAUUUUGCUACAAUUACUUAGAGCCACGGACGUGUUGGUGUGAUCCGGGCGAGUUGGGAAGCUCGCUGGUCGCCAAGCUCCGGGCAGCCCGCGCGCUCCACUCGCCGCGGCCGGGUUGCCGCGCCAGUUCAACGUUCAAGUGCAGCGCAGGCGCACAUCCGAAGAGACCGCGACCGUGCGCGCGCGCAUGUCUCAUCCCUCUAACAUUUAACGAACGAAUUCAUAAAUAAAAACUGUUUGGUACGCAUUUGUUCUGACUAACACACAUUACGCAGACUUUAUCCAAGUGUUCAGUGUUUGUUUAAACGUUUCGUUUGAGACAGUUCGUCCUGUAUGCCUGUGCUCUUUUUGGGGUCGAAUAAGAAGAAUAACACGAGCGAUAUGUGACGUGUGACGCUUGUCAUACGGUUGAUUCGGGAGUAUUCGGGACCAGACGGACAGAGCUAGUGUGUUGUGACGCAAGAUGCAUACGAUGGACACGAUGGGCUACGGCCACAAGAAGUACCGGCCGCCGCUGUCUCCCACCAGCUUCUACCAACACGACUAUUACUCGAGACACACGACACUCCGGCCGCAGAGCGAGUACCGUUUCGCUGGCGGAGGGUACCCCCGCGCCGGUGUGCACAGCGGCAGUGGACGCAGCGGCGGGCUCUGCUCGGCCGCGCUGGUUGGUGGGGCUCUGCUAGCUGCUGUAGCAGUACUCGCAGUGGCAGCACUGGCAUUCUACAUGGGCGCACUCAGACCAGACAAUGGAGAACCAAUUAUGUCGUUCGAGGGCACGUUCCGUGUGACCCGAGGUGACGUAUACGGCGGCGUGCCGGGCAGCCCGUCCUACCGGGAGCGCGCGCGGCGGUACAGCGUGGCGCUGCGCCAAGUGUACGCCGCGCCGUCUGCCCUGCGGCAAGCCUUCACCGGCGCUAUCGUCACAGGCUUUGGGGAUAGAAGAUUAGACGUACAUUUUAGACUUUAUUUAGAUAGAAGAAAAAUACCAAGUACCGUAUCUAAUAUAGAAGAAACGCUUAAGAAUAUUUUAAUUCAAGACCUUAAUUCUAAACACCCAGCUAUCGGUCAAAGUAUAAAAGUCGACACGUCGAGCAUAGUCAUAAAAAGAGAUCUAGAACACACUUAUCACUCAGAAUCUUACGUAAAGGAAGCUCUCAAUGAAAGCAUGGCAAUAAGCAGUCCAAAAGGUUCCCCUCCACCUGCAGGGAUUGACAAAACUCUUCAAACUAGAGUUGGUGUGGUACGCAAGACUACUGUCAAACCAAAUCAAAAGCGAGAUCCAGAUGAACCAGACAUUGACACAGAAAACAUCCCAGUAGUUCAGGGUUCGUUCCAAAUAACGAAAACGGAAGCGGACAUCACUGAAAAUAAGAAGCUCAGUUCUAGUCCACACAAACCAACAGUUGCUAAAACAUCUACUACUACUAAAGCACCAGUUACUAGAACAACUGUAAGAACUACAACGACUAAGAGAGUUCCCACGAGCACACCAAAGCCUCGGCCGUUCACUAUAACAUCUACGCUGAACGUCAAGACCAGAACUGAACCGACGCCAAAAAAAGAAACUAGCACUCGGCCUCCAGUUAAAAUUACCACUUCUACAAGUUCCACCACAACGGCGCCACCAACGAUACCAUCAACCACAGCGCCAACCGUUACUACGACUAGUAAUGUUUCACAAAUACUACUUGAUCUGCUAACAAACGAAAACCACUACAAGGAUUUACCUAAAAUCGAUACAUUGUUCACCGUACCACAUGUUAUUGACAAUGAACCCUGGCAACCAAUAACUCAACCGUACUAUGAACAGACGAGCAAACCUGUCGAUAUGCCUUUAGAAACCAGUAGCGAUAUAAACGCUGAAGACAGAAUGGGAGUGGCUGAAGUGGUUGAUGACGUAUCAAUACUGGAAAGUAUCCUAAGCCCCGUACCACCCGUGAAACAAAGAGACAGAACAACACCCAGACCUAUCAGUAUACACAAUGUUGAUCCUCAUUUAGGAGCUGAAAUUUACGUUCCAGGACCAGUUUACACAAGUUUCACAUUACCAACUUACGCACCUCCCCUGAAAAAUAUGGAAACUUUGGGUUCAAACUAUGUUAAGCCACAUCCCAUUCCAGUUGACAAAAUAAGCGGAGUUGUAGAAGUAGUAGAUGAAAUGGACUUUGUAGACGACGAUGAUGGAAAACCAGUUGAAAGGCCUCCGAAAGACAAACUGACCAGUGUUGCUAUAAAUGUCAUGCAUGCUGAUAGCACGUACGAUGACACUGAGAAAGUAUCUAUCGAUGGUGCAUCAAUAAUUAAGAAACAUAAUACCACUACAAGCACGAGCACCACCACCACUACUACUACUAGCACCACAUCAACGACAACACAGGCAAGCUCAACAACGACGAUAGCAAGCAGUACUGUCACUGCAGCCCCCAUUUUAGAAGUAGUAAAUACGACAUACCAUACAGAAUCAGAAAAAGAAAAUAACAAUGACACAUCAAAAGAAAAUUCAACGAGACGACCGAACAAUAAAGUCUCAAUUAUCCCUAGUACUGGUGCACCACAUCUUACUUGGGAAUUAGUUAAUACUUCAACAAAUGAUAACGAGACAUUUAGCAAAAAUUCUCCAGAAAAAUAUUACAACGACACCUUGCAAGCGAUUAUAACAAAAAAUGACGAUGUGUUUCCAAAUACUACUCCGAAAUUCUCUGGAAAAGUAUCAAUGCUCAGGAAUUUGACUGAGAUAAUCAAGAAAUAUUCACAAAUUCAAACAUCACCAAAGCCGCAACAGAUAGUGGAUAUGGAAGUUGAAGAGCGGCACAACCAUAACAAGAUGACUGGGUCUGUUGAAGUAGUACCUGAUGAUGAAUUGGAAGUAACUACUGCUGGAGUAAUUACAUUGCUACCUGCAAAAUCUAAUUUGGGCGUUAACCGUCCGCUUCGACCAAGACCUCAAAUUAAAACUGACUCUCAGACAGUGAAAGAAAAUAUACGUAGUUUUUUUCGCAACGACCCCGAAACACAAAAAAUAAUUGAUAACCUCAGCACUGAAAAUUACUACCCAAUUCAGAGUUCAACAGAAAAUUCUGAUACAUUAACAGAAGCCGAGCAACAAGUAUUGCAAAAGUUUACAACAGCGGCUGAGAGCCAAAAAGUUAUUUCCUCAGAAAAUGCACCAACUAAUACAAGGUUCCCAAAAUCAAGCGAUGAUCUAAAUUUUUCCAACGAGAAUAAUGAUCCACUAGGGAAUGUAGACAGUACUAAUACUACUAACGUUCCUGAAGGUACCUACAGAGUAUCUUACCACGUCACUGGGAGUGUGAGCAGUAAACGUGCAAACAAGACUGAGACUCUACCUGCCUAUGAGCUAGCUUUAGAACCAGAUGUGGUUUUAGAAAUACCAGUCAAUCAAACGAAUGCACUGACAAUUGACAAGCUAAAACAACUCGCAAGUCUGGCUACAAUAUCCGACUCUAAUAAUAACACGUUAUUUCGAUCACCGGGAGGCGUAAUAUCAACAAAAGCAAUUCCCUCUAGCUACACACUCAAUCAGGCCGGAUUUAAAAUCUUGACCAAGACGUAUAACAAAACUCCGGGUAAACAGGAAGAAAAUAGUUUUGAUAAGCCAGAGAAAACUUACAGCAAGCCCCAUGUUACCAAACCUCAAAAGGAAAAAGAAAACUUUAAUAUCAAUCAGGAUAUCCCUAAGGAAGAAUCAUGUAACAAUGCAACAUCGUUUCGAUGUUUGAGUGGUUUGUGUCUCCCCCUGACAUCUCGCUGUAAUCGCUUGCUCGACUGUCCCGGAGGUGAAGACGAGCGAGCCUGCUCUUGUGCCGACUACCUGCGAGCAGACUUCUCGCAAUCAAAAAUAUGUGACGGCGUUGUCGAUUGCUGGGAUUACUCUGAUGAGAAUAAGUGUGAGUGGUGCAAAGAAGGGCAGUAUGUGUGCGCUAAUGCUCGCCAAUGCCUCGACAUGGCUCGAGUAUGCGACGGUACGCCAGACUGUCCCCUCGGUGAUGACGAAAAAAGUUGUGUAGCACUCGCAGAACAACUUGAGGAUAAUGAAAUCGUCCCCUAUAAUGAAGAAGGUUACGUGAUGGUACGCAAGCGUGGUGUCUGGGGCCGUCUUUGUGUCGAAAGCUUUACAGACGUGGUGAAGCAGGCGCAUAGUUCUCUAAAACUACCGGACCUGGGCAGAGCUGUAUGCAGAGCCAUGACUUUUGAUGACGCAGGCUGGGCUCGUGAAGCCCGUGAGGGCCGCAAAACAAGCUCGGCGGGCUACUGGGAGGUGUGGCACAACGCCGCUGCGCGCGCGCAUGAUACCCGCCUCUCAUUCCGACGCUCUUCCUGCGCUAAGAAGCGCGCCCUCCGCGUGAGGUGUACUGGACUGGACUGCGGUAUACGACCACACGCCGAUGUUCAACAACCAAGGGAGGUAACUGACUGGCACGUGCGUCGGGGCAGGGUUGUGGGUGGCGACGGCGCGGCGGCGGGCGCGUGGCCGUGGCAGGCGGCGCUCUACCGGGACGGCGACUUCCAGUGCGGCGCCACGCUCAUCCACGGGCAGUGGCUGCUCUCCGCCAGCCAUUGUUUCUACCAGGCAACGGAAGCUCACUGGGUAGCAAGACUUGGCGCACUGCGAAGAGGAGCAUGGCCUCGUGGACCGUGGGAGCGAGUCUCGCGCGUGCGUCAAGUAGUGCUGCACCCGAAGUACGCGCCGCGCGGGUUCCGCAAUGAUAUCGCCUUACUACGUGUGGACCCUGUACCACUACACGCAAGACUUCGCCCAGCUUGCCUGCCCCCGGCAAGGGCACAACCGCCCGCUGGCCAUCAUUGCACUGUCGUCGGAUGGGGACAGCUAUAUGAGCAUGAGCGAGUGUUCCCUGACACGCUACAAGAGGUAGAGUUGCCGGUGAUAUCGACGUCGGAGUGCCGGCGCCGCACGCGCCUGCUGCCGCUGUACCGCGUCACGGACGACAUGUUCUGCGCCGGCUACGAGCGCGGCGGACGAGACGCCUGCCUCGGGGACUCGGGAGGGCCUCUUAUGUGUCAGGAAUCGGAUAAAUGGUACGUUUACGGUGUAACCAGCAACGGUUACGGAUGCGCGCGAGCAAACCGGCCCGGUGUCUACACGAAGGUGUCAAACUAUAUAGAGUGGAUCGAUGGAGUGCUGAACACUUACACGCCAACGUUAAACGACACCGGCUCGGGCGAAUACGACGCUAACGACGAGUUCUACGCGGACUUAGAGGCCGCGGAGAACAGGAGAGCCAGUCGAACAGACACCUGUAAAGGGUUCAGAUGUCCCCUCGGCGAGUGCCUGCCCGCCACCAGCGUCUGCAACGGGUUCCUCGAGUGCUCCGACGGCAGCGACGAGUGGCAGUGCAACAAACUAUCACCAAAUAACUCCAGUAUAGACCCCGAUUAAACAGCAUUUAAACAGGUUUAAUUACUCGUAAGCCAGUACUUAGACAGUAGGGUAAAUUUUCUAAAUUCGACUGAUAUUUUAUAAGAUAUCUGUAAGUUACGUAAUAUCUCUCUAAAAUGAGACGAAGUAUUCCGAUUGCUAUAAUAUUAAAUUUCACAUAACGCUAGACGAUUGCUACGCCAUAAUUAUUAUGUAAUGUUAUUUGGGACUGUCUGUAUAUAUAGGAGUAUUGUAUGUGCCCAAAUUGUUAUGUUUACCACUGCACGAUAACUGCUAAAUUGAAUUUAUUUAUUGAAUCACAUGGAUCGCCUUUUCCGUCUGAAAGUGUAAUUUCAAAUGGACGAUGUGAACCAUGGUACAAGCAAAAUAAAAAUGUAACAACUUU